GCGCCGCUGGGACUGACACGUGGCCUUGGGCGGCGCUGCCCGCGUGGGUCGGCCCGGCCGGGAGCCGGCUCCUGACACGCUGCGCCCGCGGCCGUCUGCGCCCGAUGCAGCCGCCCCCGGACGAGGCACGCAAGAACGCGGCCCAGGACGCCCAGUGGUCCAGGCUGUGCGUGAAAAUCAGAGCCGUGCACACAUGUGCUCACAGAGAGCGCGCCUGCAGGGGCACAGGGAAACCGUGGGCCUGUGUGGUCCCCGGGACAGCUGUCUGGAGGCCGCGGCUGGGCUGUGGAGCAGACGCGCCUGCAGGCCCGAGUGUCAGGCAUGGACAGGGGCACUGCUGCUGGGCACGUGCCUGCUAUACUGCGCCCGUGUCAGCAUGCCCGUCUGCUCCGUCUCCAUGAGCCAGGACUUCGGCUGGAACAAGAAGGAGGCCGGCAUCGUGCUCAGCAGCUUCUUCUGGGGCUACUGCCUGACUCAGAUCGUGGGCGGCCACCUGGGGGACAGGAUCGGGGGUGAGAAGGUCAUCCUGCUGUCAGCCUCCGCCUGGGGUUUCAUCACCGCUGCCACCCCGAUGCUCGCCCACCUCGGCAGCACCCACCUUGUCUUCAUGACCUUCUCUCGCAUCCUCACAGGCUUGCUCCAAGGAGUUUACUUCCCUGCACUGACCAGCCUGCUGUCGCAGAAGGUGCGGGAGAGCGAGCGAGGCUUCACCUACAGCACUGUGGGGGCUGGCUCCCAGUUCGGGACCCUGGUGACGGGGGCUGUGGGCUCCCUGCUCCUGGACUGGUACGGCUGGCAGAGCGUCUUCUAUUUCUCUGGCGGGCUCACCCUGCUGUGGGUGUGUUACGUGUACAGGUACCUGCUGAGCGAACAAGAUCUUAUCCUGGCCCUGGGCGUUUUGGCACAAGGCCUGCCAAUGUCCCAGCACACCAAAGUGCCCUGGAGACAGCUCUUCCGGAAGCCUUCUGUCUGGGCGGUCAUCUUCUCCCAGCUCUCCUCCGCGUGCUCCUUCUUCAUCCUCCUCUCCUGGCUGCCGACCUUCUUUAAGGAGACAUUCCCCAGCUCCAAGGUGGGUUGGCCGCCUGGCAGCUCGUGCAGGGGCUGGAUCUUCAACGUGGUGCCCUGGCUGGUGGCGAUUCCCGCCAGUCUGUUCAGUGGAUUUCUGUCCGAUCAUCUCAUCAGUCAGGGUUACAGAACCAUCACCGUUCGGAAGUUCAUGCAGGUGAUGGGCCUCGGCCUGUCUAGCAUUUUUGCCCUGUGUUUGGGUCACACCUCGAGCUUCUGUAAGUCUGUGGUCUUUGCGUCAGCCUCCAUCGGUCUUCAGACCUUCAACCACAGUGGCAUUUCUGUGAACAUCCAGGACCUGGCCCCGUCCUGCGCUGGCUUUCUGUUUGGUGUGGCCAACACAGCUGGGGCCUUGGCAGCCCCCACCCCAGCCUCUCCUCCAGGCACCACCCCCCUAGCUUCUCAUCCUGGCACUGCCCUUGAGACUGCCUGUCACUCAGCCCCUCGGUCCCCUCUCCUGAGUGCAGGUGUCGUGGGUGUGUGCCUGGGCGGUUACCUGAUCGAGACCACUGGCUCCUGGACAUCCGUGUUCAACCUGGUGGCCGCCAUCAGCAGCCUGGGGCUGUGCACCUUCCUGGUGUUCGGACAGGCCAAGCGCGUGGACCUGAGCCCCGCCCACGAGGACCUCUAGCUGCCCAGACCCCACAAGCCCCGAGGACCCAGCGCCAUCAGCCUCGGGGCAAAGGACUCAGCUGAAGGGACACUCGCUCUCGACCCCAGAUUUAUGAGCAGGGGAGAGAGCCAGCCUCAGCCAGGCCGGCGGGCAGGGCGAAUGCCAGAGCCAGGCAGCCCUGGUUGGGCCUCAGUUUCCCCACCUGCUGGUGGGGCGAUCGUGCCCUCGUCUCAGGGUUGGCGAGGCUGCCAGGGGUGCAUGGGUGUGUUUUUAGUGGCAACAGCUUCAUAACAGACACAGCCUGUCCCACGUAGACCCACAGGCACCCUCUACAGUCGGCCCCCGACGUAAGCCAGUGCAGUGGCCAUCCCGGGCUCUUCCCCUGAAACCUGCUUCCCUUUGUUUCUGUGCCCUUGGGGCUGGAUCAUUCUCUGUGGGGGGCCGCCCUGUGCACUGUGGGGUGUCUAGCAGCAUCCCUGGCUGCCACACAGUAGAUGACCCCCCAGUCAUGACAACCAAAACUGUCCCCUGACAUCACCAGCUGUCCCCAGGGAAACUCCCGAGUGAGAACCAUGGCUCUAGGUGAAGCCUGUGGGGGGGCUUCUCCGAAUAGCCAGGCUGAGACCCCUGUUCCCUGGGUAGGCGGUGGGCCCAAGGCCUUUGCCCGUCUUUAGGCUCCCCCCGUAUGCCCCUCUCGUGGGUCCCUGGGCACUAGCGAUGUGAUCUGCUUCCUGGUGCCUAGUGACUCCAGCUGAGAGGGGGUGGGCCCCUCCUGCCCAAGCUGCUCCCCAGAACCAGGCGAACCUCCCUUUCUGAAUUGUCUUUCACCCUCCCAGGUUAUAACAGAGGAGCUGGCCGGCUCAUGAAUUAAUAAUAGAUUCUGCAAGAUGUAUAUGUAGAGAAGAGAAACUAUAAAAAUGUGGAAAAUCACACCAAAGCCUUAUUUAAAUGACUAUUAAACUAUUUAAAAGGAA